CUGCGCGUCGAGCCGGCUCCGCGGCCCCUACCCACUCAAUCUGAAUCAGUUGGAUUUUAGAACAUCGGACGGGCGGGCGUGUAUAGAAUGGAUCGCUAACCACAUCAGCAGUUUUUUUUUAAUUCCGCCUUCUAGCAGUGUUUGUUUAUACCUUUCGGCACACUAUCCGCAAAUCCUUCUCGAUUGUGGUGCUUUAAAUUUAUUUUUCUUCGCAUUUAAUUUACUGUCGUCCCGAUUUCACAUCGGGAAGGGCCGCCUUUGCAUCAAGUUUGAAAGCGGCUUUUCAACAGUAGUACACCUACUCGUAAUUUUUCAAUAUCGCUGUGUCAACGCAUCGGGCAGCCAUCAGGAUGGUGAAGAAAAUUUCAGAAGAGAGUGUAGAUAGCGGCGUAGGCCGUUGCAGCAGUCAGUCGUCGAGCGAGCGCGAGUCCGACGAGAGUCCGCGAUGCACGGAGCCGUCGGCCCCCGUUCCCAUACCUGACAGCGAGGAUCUGCAACGGCGCAAGGAGGAGGCGCGAAGGAAGCGCCGGAGGAAGAAGCGCUCUGGAAGCUCGGUGGUCACAUCGUGUUUUCAAGACCUGUACAAGCUCACGGGCGAGGUAUUGGGCGAGGGUGCGUACGCCUCGGUGCAGACUUGCGUGAACAUCUACACUGGGCAGGAGUUCGCUGUCAAGAUCAUCGACAAAGUGCCGGGGCACGCCCGCGCCCGGGUGUUCCGCGAGGUGGAGACCUUCCACUACUGCCAGGGACACCCAAACAUAAUCCAGCUCAUUGAAUUCUUUGAGGACACCGACAAGUUUUACCUUGUCUUUGAGAAGAUCAACGGUGGCCAGCUCCUAUCCCGGAUCCAAGAGCACCACUACUUUUCGGAGCCGCAGGCGGCCGAGAUAGUCCGCGAGAUCGCGAACGCCCUGCACUUCCUGCACGGCAAGGGCGUGGCGCACCGCGACCUCAAGCCGGAGAACAUCCUGUGCGUGCACACGGACCGGCUGUGCCCCGUCAAGAUCUGCGACUUUGACCUAGGCAGCGGCAUCAGCUUCACGUCCACCCUCGCGGGCCCGCUGGCCACGCCGCAGCUCAUGACACCGGUGGGCAGCGCGGAAUUCAUGGCCCCCGAGGUGGUGUCACUGUUCGCGGGCUCGGCGGCGACGCACUACGACAAGCGCUGCGACCUGUGGUCGCUCGGCGUGAUCGCGUACAUCCUGCUGUGCGGGUACCCGCCGUUCCGCGCGGACUGCGGCGCAGACUGCGGCUGGGAGCGCGGCGAGAACUGCCGCGCCUGCCAGGACCUCCUGUUCACUUCCAUACAGGAGGGGCGGUACACGUUCCCCGAGGAGGAGUGGGCGCACAUCAGCUGCGAGGCGAAGGACCUGAUCCGGCAGCUGCUGGUGCGCGAGGCGCGGCGCCGGCUCAGCGCCGAGCGCGUGCUGCAGCACCCCUGGCUGCGCCGCGCCGGCCACGGCGACCACUACCCGCCGCUGCAGACGCCGAUCAACAUUAAACGCAACAUGUCGGCGCGCAACCUGUCCAACUUCGCCGAGUCCGCCAUGGCGGUGAACCGCGUGAUCCAGCAGCACUUCUCGAUGAACUACUCGUACCUGGAGCCGAGUGCGCCGCUGCGGUCCAGCAAGUCGUGCCAGCCCUGGCCGUGCCGCGCGCCCGCGCCGCUCGGCCUCUCGCCGCCCGCAGACAGCCAGCUGCUGCGCCGGCGCAUGCAGGACGCGCUGGCCCACUAG